GCAUCCUCAGUUAGUGAAGGGGCCAUUGUGGUAGGCAGCCAGCUGCUCUCCUCUCUGGUAUCGUUGAUGGUUAAUAAGAUUAGCUGCCUGUCUUAGCCUGCGUCAGUGCAAAGGGGUCAAUCACAGGAUUAGCACCUUGCUUAACAGUUACAUCAUUUUAUUAUCAUUUUUUUCAUUUUUCUUCAUUACUUUGACUUUUCCCCACUCCAGCAUCCAUAGCAUGUUUAGGACCUGUAAUUGCAAUAUAGUUGCUACAGGGGAAUAUUGUUGUGCAUCAUGCUGCCUUGGGACUGAGUUUGUCUCGACCCUCAGCCACUGAAUGAAGAAUCUUCCAGGGGAAGAAGAGGAGCAGUGGCAGCCAGGGAAGUAAAAGGUAGCCGGGCCAAACUCUUGUCUGCUGUGGCGGAGUCCUAGACUCUGGACAAGUCAUCCCUCAUGCCACUCGUAAAUAACAAAGUGGGCAAUGACUGCACAGUUGGCACAGACAAGACUUUGGCUGAUGGGAAGGAUCUGGUGGAAUCUGUGAUAAAGGUGGUAGCAUGCUACCGGCAUUUGGCUGCAUGUGUUGGUGGCUGCACAGACAGUUUGCAGCUGCGGGAUGAGCUGAGACAAACGCGAGAAAAGGCCCUGAAUUUGGCCGAGGCCAUCCGUCUGCAUCUGACCUCACAUCUGCGGGACAAGAGCCUGCCUGAGGACCAGCGCAAGGAGAUGGAGCUCCUCUGGGUGGCCUUCUCCUCCAGUCUAGAACUGCUCCAUGUUGACAUGUGCAAGGUUUUCAGCAUGGGUGACAACUUCUCCCUAGCCAACACUGCUUCCUUGGUGCAGACUGGCCUACAAGGAGGAGGCAGUGAGGUAGCAGCUCGAGCACUCAGUUUGGCAGACUUGAAGCAGGAGCCUCCAACCCUUCCUGCUGGUCUUGAGAGUCGGGAACGGAGCACCAUGGAGCAGGAAAUCAGCCAAAUCGACCACAUGAUUGAUGACAUGGAGAAAAAAGUAAAUGUGUUGCGCUGGAUGGUGGAGCCCCGGGGGCCACAAUACGCUGACCCGCUCAGCAGCACCGAGAGCGCCUCCCUGGCUCUGCUCAGCAUUGACGAGGAGCAGCCUGGACACAAGCCUCUAUGCCAGCGCAGUUUGAUCUUUGUGCUCUUAUUGCUGUUUGCAGUUGUUUUGGUGGCAGCCACGUUAUCUGUCUGUCUUGUCCUUUUCUCAUGAACAAAACCUUAAUUUUUAUUUUUUAUUUUUUUUGGUGCAACCUCAGAAAUGCUCUAAUACUGUAACACUGGCAAGCUUUGCAGGUACAGUAGUGUUCUUUUAACUAUAUUCUUUGCAAUGAUGAAAAGGUGACUUUUAUUGUAAACCUUUAUUAGUGCGUUCUACAAAUACUGAAAUUAAUCUGGAUGCAAACUUGUUUGCCAUGUCUUGCAGUGAAUCCAAGGCUGCCAUAUGCAUUAAACAAAUAAAGUACAUGACUGCCUGUUAUACAAUAAAAUUGUUUUAUUUUACUAACAACUGUUUGAAAAGAAAAUGGAGCCAACAUUGUAUUUUUUUUUCCUGACUAGCUUUUGAUGCACAAAAGGAGCAAUUCUACUUUUUUUUUCUUUUUUUUUCUAAGCAGCCAGAAAGGCACUUCCUAUUCCUUAUUGCAACUGAGAAGACAUAGGUGCAAAUGCUUCUUAAUAUAGGUGAUCAUGUAUUUUCUAUAUAAAGUGCUGUAGAGAACUGAUGAUGUUUAGCACAGUUGCACAAUAUAAAAGUAUCAACUUUGAUAUGAA